GAAACCUCCAAAAAAAAAUUGGAUGGUAAACAUGCUUACCCCGCUGAUCUAUACGGUUGUGUUCCUCGUGGCUCUUCCUCUCAAUAUCAUGGCAAUCAUCAUAUUCCUGGUGAAGAUGAAGGUCAGGAAGCCGGCAGUGGUCUACAUGCUCAACCUCGCCACUGCAGAUGUCCUCUUUGUUAGCGUCCUGCCCUUUCAAAUUGUCUACCGAUUUUUAGAAAAUAACUGGCUCAUUGGAGAAGGAAUGUGUCGCUUUGUCACGGCAGCAUACUACUGUAACAUGUACUGCUCCAUCCUGCUCAUGACAAGUAUCAGCGUUGACCGGUUCCUGGCCGUAGUUUACCCGGUGCAGUCUAUCUCCUGGCGCACAGUGACCCGAGCCUGGCUGGUGUGUGGUGUCAUCUGGGUCAUCUCAUUGGCCAGCACUGUGCCCCUUCUCAUAUAUAAACAAUCAGUUCGUAUGCUAAAUAUCACAACGUGUCAUGAUAAUAAGAACGUUUAUGUUCGUCGUGGUUAUUAUUUUUACUAUUUUACCACUCUUAUCUCACUUUUCUUUUUCUUGCCAUUAUUCAUUACAACUUUUUGUUACAUUGGAACCAUCUGCAGUCUCAGCAGAUCAAAAUUUGAUCGUACCCAUAAGAGAUUGCGAGCUAUUCGUCUAUGCGUGGUUGUGCUGAGUGUGUUUGUCCUUUGCUUUGGCCCCACCAAUGUCCUCUAUUUUAUCCACUAUGUGAAAGUGUAUGCGUAUUCGGAAGGCUCUCUGCAUUAUACCUACAUCCUCUGUGCCAGUAUCAGCAGCAUAAACUGUUGUCUGGAUCCUCUUAUCUAUUAUUUAGGAUCCUCCCAGUGUCAGAGAUACGUCUACAGCUUGAUGCGUUAUAAGAAAGGUCAUCGCCCUCCUUUAAAGCCAAAACAGAUCCCUAUAAACAACGAACAGACAACUGAAAGCUCUUUUUAACCAUUUACCUACUGGGCACGUAUACCCCUCAAUGCCCAGACCAAUUUUCAGCUUUCACCACAUUCCCCGUACACACGGCCGGAUUUUCCGAUGGAAAAAGUCAACACAAAAGUUUCAACAGCGAAUGUUCAUUCGCUGUUGUAACACACCUAGGUGGGCUCCGGUUGCACUCUCUGUGACCCAAGCCCACCCUGUUUUGAAGCCUAUUAGAGCCUAUGGUUAUAAUCAGGUGCUUCAAAAACAAAUAAGCCCAGCCACUGUAAAUCAGGCACCCGGUGCCCUAAAAGGGGCUGAACGCAUGAAUAGGGGGUGGCCGUGUAUAGACUCAUCGUAUGCAUGAAUCUAUUCAUUAUGCAAUUAGGGGGUGGCGAGGAGAGAGGAAGCGGCACCCAGGUGCCCCUAAUGGAUGGGCCACGACUGAUGGGAUGGUCUUGGUAGACUAUACCAUUGGGAACAUAAUACACCUUUAAUUUCUUUAUUGGACACAAAUUAUUUUUAGCCAGGGAAAGAGGCUUUUUAGAUGGGCAAAAAAAAAAAAGAGGAAAUAUUGUUACAGGAUGUGGUAAAAGGGAAUAGAAUUUGCACGUUUGCUGAAAUUUCACAAAAUUGGGGAAGUAUGCCACUGGACAGAUGGAGGUACAAACAAUUGCAGCACUUUACACAAUCACUACCACAGCCAUUGCGGGGAAAAGGUAAUAUAAAGUUAAUAGAGGAAUUGUUCUGCUCCCUUCUGUGUCUAAAGCAAAGUAUAUCUUAAAUAUUUAAAAUACAGAUAAAGCAAGCAGAACCUAAAAUAUCCACCAUAUUUGGGGAAAUGGGAAGAGGAAAUAGGAGCUAUCCUAGAUGAGAAAUAUAGGAGGUGUCAUGAUCACUUAGUGCCACUGUUCCUUAUUCCAGCACCCAGGUGUUUGCUGUUGCUUUUCACCUGUCUGUGUUCACCUGUAAGGUGAUUGAUCUGGUCAGUCACCUGAUAUAAGCCAACUGAACACUCUAUCACUUGCUUGUGAUAGAGAAAGUUAUCUGCAUUGUUCCUGUUCUAGCCUCCCGUUUGUCUGCCUUGCUUUGCUGUUGGAUUUCCCUGUGUAUGACCCGGAUCGGAUAUUGGACUAUUCCCUGAACUCAGCCUGCCUUAUUACCUGGACCGUCUUAGAACCACACUAUCUGUCUGCUAAACUGCAAGUAGUCUGUUGUUUGCUCUGUUCGCGUGCCCUAGUGUGGUGGUCAGGCAUUGUGUAUAAGUCCUGGAGACAACCAAGUACCAACAACCCUGCUUGUCUUAAGGAAAGGGGGGCUGCUAUAGGUAAAGCACACAGUAGCUAGCUAUAGUGUCUGACCACUUGCAUUGAGGUAGACAUGACAUUUGUGACAUUAUCACAAGCCUUUAACAAAAUUUUCCAUCAAGAUGGAUUCUGCAAAGGCCCGUUUGUUUGCUGAGGAAAUAUGUGCAAACUGACACCCAAGUCCAGAACUUGUCUUUGCGUGUAAACGCACCUUCAGCAGUAACGCAGGGGCCAGUGCCCAAAGUUAACCCUCCUGAUCAUUUUUCUGGUGACCCCCAUGUGUUUUCUAACCUUAAAAAUUGUUGUAUGCUAUAAUUUAACCUUAAACAACACUCUGGUUCUGAAGCGCAGCGGGUCAGCCUGAUUAUUACAUGGUUGCGGGGGAUCCCCAGUCUUGGGCUUUUAGUCUCUCCACAGAUGACCCAGCCAGAGGGUCUGUUGAAUAAUUUUUCAAGGCCCUGUGUUUAUUCUAUGAUGAUCCUGAUCGUACCCACUGGAUUACCCCUACUUUUGCCUGCCGCUAAACUCCCUUGGGACGCACAGCUAGGCUAACUUGUCCGCAAGUUCUACUGUUGCUACAUCUAGUGUUGCGAUUCAGACAGUUGCUACACCUGGCGAUACGGCCCAGUCGACCACUGCAUCAAUUAUGCCAGUCCAGCCUAUGCCCAUUGAACUUUCUGCUUUUUCUUAUUCUGGACUCUACGGUAAUUGUCGUUUUCUACUAGGACAUUCCCCGUCCACGAAAGGCAGCAAGGCCUUUGUUACCGGCUUUUGACACUGUUGGUGUGUUCCAUGUGGAAUAUUGAAUAACUUUGGACAAUUCACCCGUGCGCAGGAGUUUGUUUUCGUUUUGUGUACUUCUUCCUGUUAUCCCUGCUCCGGCGCUGUGAUUGGCCGGAGCGGCAACGACAUCACUCCCGCACAUGCGCGCGGGACCAGUAGGUACCGGCUCAUUCGCAAAAUCACAGCAUUAACCCCGAUAAUGCCAUUGACAAAAACGGCAUUUCAGUGCACCUGCGCCGUAGACAUCGGCGUCUGUCAUUUCUGCAAAUAUCUCCUAAACCUUUUAGGUUUGGGAG